UCGAAAAGACCAUGUAUUUUUCGUUUGGAGACGGAGCAGUGUACUUCGACUAGAUAUUCGAUUGUUUGUUUCACACUUGUUCGGUACUUUCGGUAAAAAUUUCGUCUUGUUGUUUUUGAAAAGUGAUACAUCCUUAGUCGUUUUUACAAUUAGUGAUCGACAGCUUCUCUUGUUUUAAAAAGGUGUGAUACAGUUUAUAACAUUUGUCGAGCCGAGUGCGAAAAAUUAAAAUGAACGUAAAAGAUCAUAACUCUGUGCACUUAGAACAAGAGGUGGAAUUUCCGACAGUGAGGGGACUGCCAAUCCAUGUGUUACUGGAAGCCAUGUGCCCCUGUCGAAGGUCGCUACUUGAAUUCCUAAUGAAUCGAGACUCAUUAUUGGCGGAAAUCGAAAAAAGCAAGAAAUUAAUUCGAAAAUAUAGUUCAUUUCGACAUCACCGGCCGGAGCGAGUCCUGAUGCGAGCAAGAUAUUUGCAAUUAUUACGCACGUUCAGAGAUCGAGAUCGAGAUCAAGAUCGAUGUCGAAACGUGUGCGCGGAACGAUGUCGUCUGACUGACGAUGAAGAGACAGAGAGUCUGACUGACGAUGAAGAGACAGAGAGUCUGACUGACGAUGAAGAGACAGAGAGUCUGACUGACGAUGAUGGAAUAGGCAGACUGUCUGACUAUGAGGAGACAGAUAGUCUGACUGACAAUGAUGACGUGCCAAUCAGACUGACUGACGAUGAGGAGACAAUCAGUGUCAUUGACGAAGACGAGAUUCACGAAAUCUGACGUGACGGAUUACACAGGUCCAACAGAAAUCAUCGUCUAAUCGUGUACUCCGACGACGAAGAAGUCUGUCAUCGGUAAACAAAUUCAGCAAUUGUAUAUAAACUGUGUGUGUGUGUGUGUAUAUAAAUAAUUAUAUAUAAGUUAUAUUUUUUUCAA